AUGUUUUAUGCUCCCUGGCGUGGUGUGUGUAAGAGGUUGAAGCUGGAAUACACGUCUGCGGCUACAGAGUUGAAGGAUAAAGCUGUACUGGCAGGGAUGGACGUCACUACAAUGGAAGGUCGUGAUGUCAUCCAUGAAUUCAACAUCACAGGCUAUCCAACAAUUGUCUAUUGUGAGAAAGGCGAGAAAAUGUUUGAUUACGGAGGAGGAAGAACAAAAGAUGAGAUCAUCAAGUGGAUGAACAAUCGUGAGGCUCCUGCAGAUGAGCCACAAGAGUCGUCAUGGAGUGAUGAAGAGAACGAUGUAAUGCAUCUGACGGAUGAAACAUUUGGUGACACUUUGGCUGAUACGAGUUCUCUACUGGUGAUGUUUUAUGCUCCGUUUGUCGCAAUGUCGCCAAUUUGA